CAAACACAUAUCGGAACAAAAAGCAAGCGAAGACCCACGUCUUUAAAGUAUCCCAACUACAACUUCAACUCAUUCAAGGACCUCUUCAAACCCUUUCCUUUUUUCUUUCUUUGCAUCUUCAUCUUCAUCUUCAUCUUGUUCUAUGGCGAUGAUGAGUAGCUGUGGGAACAUAAGCGUCCAAUCGGCUGACCAACUGAAGCAAUUGAAGGACAUAUUCAUGCGUUUCGACAUGGAUUCCGAUGGCAGCCUCACCCAGCUUGAGCUGGCCGCUCUCUUGCGCUCCUUGGGUCUCAAGCCUAGUGGUGACCAGAUCCACCUUUUGCUAGGCGACAUUGACGCUAACGGGAAUGGUCUUGUGGAGUUCGAGGAAUUGGAGAGCGCCAUUCUGCCCGACAUCACCCACCAAAUUUUGAUAAACGAGGCCCAGUUGUUGGAGGUUUUCCAAUUAUUUGAUCGGGAUGGCAAUGGGUUUAUUACGCCCGCGGAGCUUGCUGGCUCUAUGGCUAAGAUGGGCCAUCCCUUGACCUUCCGUGAACUUUCCGAUAUGAUGAAAGAGGCUGAUUCCAAUGGAGACGGCGUCGUAAGUUUCCUUGAGUUUACUAGUAUCAUGGCCAAUUCAGCUGCCGAUUUUCUGGGUAUUAAACUUAACCAUUCUGUUAAGUAAUGACUAUCCUCCUAACAAAUAUCCUUGGUUGCCGCUCUGUAAAUAUUAACAUGGUAUCAUAUGAUUCACAACCACUGCCUUUCUUUCUUCAGUUUUUUAUGGUGUCUGUGUCAUAAAUUUGAGGGGUUCUUUUUUCAGAAUGAAGCAUAUGUCAAUGUUUUUGCGAAA